UGUUGAGUAUUUUUUGCUACGUGUCGAGCUGUCAGUUUUGAAAUGUAUGUAUAAAAAGACGAGGAUAACAAACAGUGAUCAAUCCGUGGUCAAAAUUAAAAAUACAAGAACAGCUUAACAAUAUCCCUUCAAGCAGCAUUCGACCUACAGACAAAUUAGAUCAUUACAAAGAUCAUAGACUUUGCAAAAUCAUUAAUUUAAAAUAAAUUGUUUGAACUCCUGAUAUCUCAUCGUAAUUGGCGGAUUGCUGAUUGUUGUGUAAGCCCCGCCCACCAUGACGACGGUAACUAGCACGACAUUCGACACAUAAACAACAUGGCGCGGAUCAUGUCGUUAAAGGACAUCCCAGACGACUUUUCUGCAUCAUACAUGUUACAUACACCGUCCCUUCGGCAAAAACAACGGACUGUCGCGUUUAUGAAGGAUUCUUAUGUUAAAUCAGUCAGAUUAUAUACACAAGAACGCGAAAAUAUGCUAAUAAAAGCCGAAGUAUAUCGGAGUCAGAGAAAAACACAGGACCCACUCAAGAUCAACAUUGAUGUCAACUUUGAAAGGAAGAAAUUAGACGAUGCACAUUGCAGUUGCAAAGCUGGUAACUCGGUGCAUUUUACCAAUGUUUGUGUUUCCAGUUACUUGCUAACUAAAGGGUGCACAUUCCAGGCACCAUUGAUUUUACCUAUUACAAAACCCCGUGCAGCAGAAAAUUGUGGAAGUACUGUGUUCCCAAAAGCCCUUCAUACCUGCGUUGACCUUGAAUGUGAAUGGACUGAGCUGAAUUUGACACAGAGUGAUGCAAUUAAUUUGGAAAAUCAACAAGAUCUCAAAGUCUGAACCAAAUAUGGCAUACAGAACGAAGUAAGAGAAUAACUGCAUCCAAUUUCGGACUAAUCAUAAGAAGGAAAAAAGACGUAAACCAGAAAUUUUUAAAGAACACAUUUCAAAAGAAUGAUUUCACAUCUUCUGCUACAUCAUAUGGUAAAGCGAAUGAACACAUUGCCAAGCAAAUGUACAUUAAGAAAACGGGACACCACCUUCAUGAUAUAGGUUUGAUUGUAAACACAGAACUACCAUUUCUAGGUGCUACUCCUGAUGGCAUAGUGUGUGAUAAGUCUGAAAGUGGCUUGAUUGAAAUUAAAUGUCCUUACUCUGUCAGAGACAAUACCAUCAGUGAAGCAUGUGAAACAAGAAAUGAUUUCUUCCUUCAAAGAAAUGGCGACACUUUCAGCUUAAAACAUGAGCAUUCCCACUGGUAUCAAGUCCAAAGACAGCUUCUCACUGGAGCUCCAUUUUGUGACUUCAUUACAUAUACCAAACAAAACUUAUAUGUAGAAAGAGUUUAUCCAAACAUGUCUACUAUGGAUGUGUUAGUUCAGAAACUAGCUAAGUUUUAUGUCCAACAUUUUAAGCCAUUUAUCCAUAAAUAUGAUUCUGAUUUACAUGUAUGAUGUUGAUUUACCACACCAACUAUGAAAACAAGAAUGUGUUUGUACCUGGCAUAAUAUGCCCCCUCCCCUCAUGACAACAAGGAAACAAUAAACACUGAUUCAGUGUGACAGAAAGAUUUGUUUACAGGUCAUUAAUAUCUUUGUAUGGUAGAUAUAUGUAGAGGGUCUUGGAGAUAAAAUUCUGUUUGCUGUCAUACACUUAAAUUUGUACAUAAAUGUAGUAGAUAAUUCAAAUUCAGUUGAGUAAAGUUCUCUUUACACUUUCAGUGGAGUAUUUACAUUUUUAUAUUGUGGUGCAUAGAUAUCAUGUCAUUUGUAAAUACUGCUCCUUGAUACUUGUAUUGAAUCAUAGAAUAUAAAAACCAGGAAGAAUU